AACAAUUUUAACAAUAUUACAUAUUUGACAAUCGAUUGAUUCCUCCUACCACAGUGAUCUGAGGUAUCUAUCUGGUACAACACCUCUGUACCUGUGUGUUAUAGUGCCCAUGCACGUGCCACGUGACUGUACGAAGGAUGAAACUAGCAGGGAUUUUACUUCAUUUUGAUUUGAAUUGCAAAAUUAAGUGUUUUGAAGGCAAAAACGAGGGACAUGUGUUGCGUCAUCUUCAAAACAAUUGUGUGAUAAUAAACCACAUCGCGCUCUAGGUAGUAGGUACAGCAUUUGCCGUACAAUAGUUUAAGAUUGGCCAUUGUAUGUGUAUGGUUAGUCCGAGUUUAAGCAAGCGUGUCUAAAUUUAAGAUUCAUGCCCUUAUAAGGUCGUGUUUAACCCUCACCAUUGACUCAAAAAGUACACAUAUCUUAUGAUAAGUAAACGAUUUAUUGCGAUAUCAAUUUGCAAAGGCAGGGAUGGAGUGAUUCCGUGUGUCAUCUCUCAGAAACAUUAUGUAUACGGCAUAAGGUGUUGCCCUGAACACAGGUACAAAAUAUAGAACGAAUAAAACGAAAGUAGAAUUUGAACUAUGACACGCAUUCAAUGUAAAGAUUUGACCCCUGCCGUGGGAGUAAAAUAUGAUGCCUACACGUACGUCACAGGCGAGGAGGGGGAGGAGGAGGAGUCCGAAGCAAGCGUCCCACUCUCAAAGUGCUGCCAAAGAGGGGAGGUUUUCCAUUCCACGCUAUGUAUUAUGAUUGUUAUACUCACUGCAGUGAGUAUUGUUACCGUUUUUAAAGCGUGUCAAGGAGAACUUACAGUCAAAAACGCCAUCUACACGACAAUUAUCAUCGGCACGUGUGUCGUGGCUAUAUGUGUAACUAUUGGCUAUCGACCUGCUGGUCACCAAGAUCAAAUGGAUAGCAAACAAAGGGAUGAAAGGUCCCCAAACAGCAAAGACAGCAUUAAAAAGAUGAUACAGAAAAUCCAAAAGUGGUGUGUUGGCACUAUCAAGAGAAUUCUUGGUAACCGAACACAGAGGACAAUGGUUGCAUUGCCAACAUUGUAUCCAAACCAUUAUUGGAAGGUUGAAGGAAAGAGAGGUUGCCAUAGCAACGACGCAUCAACCAACAACCGAAGUUGGGCAAAUCAGCAAAGGUCUUCCUGCCAGAACGCCAUUCCUCCGGAAUCGUAUGUCUGAUUCCGACAAUGGUGACAAAGGAGACGAAAACCGAACAAUAAAUACAAGAGGAGAAAAAAGGUUCCCUCUGACAAAUUUAAACAUUAUAUAAGACACCAGAGUGUUUGCAGUGAUUUAGAUAUCACUUUAAUAGACGUUUAUUAGCGAUAUAGUUAAUAUAUUGUAAAAGUUCCUAAUGUUAAAGAUAUUUUUUGCUAUGUCGAGGUCAUGCUUUGUAUAAGAAAUAGGCACACACAUUGAUAUACAGAUGGGUAAGAAAAUUAUUGUGACUCUCUGUUGGUUUAUCAACACAAUCUCUAUACCAUACAGAUCUUGGUACAGGUAUGGUAUAGCCUUUUGAUCAAGUCGACACAAUGUUAUAUUAAAUCUGGUAGAAUUUUCUUUAUUUCUCAUUGAAUAAAACAGGGACAAAUGGGGGUUAACAUUUUCAGAUAUUAAGGCACAUACUUCUGAAAAUCGCACCACUGCGCAUGGGUUUACACAUGUUAAAUAUAAAAGUGUACAAACUCUUAAGCUGGUGAUUUAAAAGGCAUCCAAUACACGUAUUAAUCCAUGAUUUAAUAUUGUUCAAACAUUCAAUUAUCGUUUGUCCAUUGCGUGCAAGUAAUUAGACAUGUUUGAGAAUACCAAGAAAUAAUUCAUAAACCAGCUUAAAAACAAGUUAACAGGCUGUUUUGCACGGUCCGUUAAUAUUACUUUUCAUCGGCAAUCACAUGACAGUAUUUAGCCAAUCAGAGAGUUUGAAAAAUACAAUUUUAUGAUAAUCAGGUUUAUUGUGUAGGAUUAUGGUAUUCGGUACCCAUAAGUAUGGGUGGAAUUGUAGCUGUAUUGGAAACUGGAAAGUGCCAGUUUCUUAAUGGUAUUCUUGUUUUGUUUUGCUUGUUUUGGGGUUGUUGUUUUUUUUUUUUUUUUCUUUUUGCUGUUGCUUUUUUCGUUAUUUGUUAGAUAUAGAUUAAUUUAUGAAAACUAGUCAACAUGGAGUUGACGAUCUUGAAGAUUGAAACAGAGGUCUUCAAAUGUCGGUAUACUUCAUUGAGCUGUGUAAGAAGGUAUAGAAUUUCAUGUGAUGACAGCUUGAGUAAAGAACGAUAUGCGUACUCGCUACUUCGCCUCUAUCAGUCUGAUUGAGCUUGCGGCCCCCCUGGAUCUCCUGUCUCCAUGUGAUAAGAAAUUUGAUGUGUACAUUACUACAUAAACGUGAAUGGUUUCGUAAAAAAAAAUAAUCAAAAUUGCUUUAUAUAUGAUUAAGGGCUUUGUUUAGUUUUCUGAGACUAUGAUAUCAACGGUCUGUGAAACAUAAAUAUCGAUAAAUGAGGAAUAUUUUACUUUGAUACUGCAACUUGGAAUAUACUUCAAUUCUGAUAUCCACUGUCCCGUCCUUUUCUUUAAGAUUAUAUAAGUUUCUAGCUAAAUAAAACGUUAUAAUUUUCAGAAAGGUUAAACAGGAUAGUAUAAAGUUUUAUUUUCGAUAGAUUCAGCAACGACAUGCCAUAAGAUAUUGCAAAUGACCAAGAACUAUUAUAGUUCAACAUACAAUACAAAAAGGACAAUUUUUUUAAAGCUUAAAAUAAAGGUUUACAUAUCAUAAAUACAAUAGAUAUGAGUGUAUAUCAAAUACAUGUAUCCGUGGAAUUCUCGAAUAAACCAGCGAUAUACGUCAAUAAGGAUAAGAGGGAUAAAAUUCCAUAUUAUACGUUAUCUGUUUGUUACAAUAAUUGGGUGUGUCUGUAUUAUCACAUCCCGAUCAGAAAGAGAUAAGUAGUCUGUAGCGAUCAUAUUAAGUUAGUGAUUACUAGGGAAGUAAUUCUGGAUCGUAAUAAUCGUUGACAUGUCAUCUAAAAUCUCUUUUUCAUUUUAAAAAAAUUAUGUAUAUAUAACAACUAUAUAUUCCACUGUUUUUAUUUUUUAUUGUAGUUUUGACAUGAGUAGGGCACAUACAUCCUCAAAUUAAAAAUAUCUUUUCCUGACAUAAACAAUUUUACCAAAAUAUACAAAGGCCAAAAAUGAACUGAAUUAAUUGUAAUGAUUCCCAUAAACAACUAUACACAAUAGGGCAUGUUUACAACGUAUUGACAGGGGGUUUAUUGAUGUCGUUUUAAUGUCUUAUAUGUGCUUUAUUUAUUAUUCGGAAAAAUUCGUCAAAUGUAUCCCUCUUUGAGUGUGACCUCCUUAUAAUAGCGAGUCAAUACAUCAAGGUUGUUACACAUGUACAGGGAUAAUGUGGUUUAUUUUGUACAUGCUUAAUGUGGUGUAGUUUGUACAUGCCUAAUGUGGUGUAUUUAUGUUGAUAUAAUGCGAUAGGGACCAGAUGUUCAAAGGGUAAUUACUCUUAUCGAAGUUUAACAGUAAUUUUUAAAUUCUGAUUAUUUCUGGUAAAACUAAAUUGGUAAAAUGUUACGUAACUCUAAAGCACUCUUCGGUCUUUUACUGUUUUUAGGGAAGGCGUAAUGAAAAUAUCACAAACCAAGUAUUUAGGUUAAUCUCGUUUAGAACAUUUAACCCCUGAAGUGAUACAUCUGAAUGGGGAGUGUGUGUGUGUCAUUAUGUAGGCCUAAAUGUAAAGGAGAAAUAGCAGAUGAAAAUGUCGAGAUUGCGUGUACAGAUCUACAUAAUGAAUUCGGUAUUUUUUUCAGACAGUUGGUAGUCAUACAUAUUGACUGCAAAUUAGAAUAUGCUGUUGUAUGUUUCAAAACAAUACUGAAAAUCACAAUUGACGAUACUACCACUCUUCAAAAGAAUGCGGAUAGAUAAUUAAUUGCACCCCGAAGAAAGACUAUCGUGAUCCGCCUCUUUAUUUUGUACGUCUAAUAAAAAUAAGCGAUAUAGCAUCAUUAGUCAAAGCAGCAUAUUUGUUUACUGUUUUAAAAGUAAUGGUUUACAUGUAAUGGUUUAUGCUGGUUUUUACCUUGACGUUUCUGAGAACAAUUACUGUGUUGACCUUUCACCUGUCAGGUAGGGUGAAUAAGUAUACCGAUACCAGACACGUAGUGUUGAGGUCUGUCACGUAGUCAUGGUUUGUAGCAUAUAUAGAUAUGGGUUGUUUUUGUAAGACAAGGGCAAACAUAGUAUUUAAUUACAGUAAAUUUCAAAAUUUGUUUGUUUCUCACAUUUUUCUAUAUAGAUGUUAUUUGUAUCCUGCUUUAUGUUAUUAGAUUGUAUGUGUAGUUCAGGAAAACUACACGUAUAGUAUAGAAGUGUUUAGUAUAAUUGCGUGAUACGAGAUUCGGGUUUCUAAACACACAUAUCAAUAAUACAUAUAUUCCUUUUUUAUUAUUCAAGAAUUUUGCUUUUAAUUUUUUAGAAUUUCCAUGAUUACGUGAAUUCAAAAUAUCAGUUCAAUAAGGUCGAAAAUACGAAAAUAAAUAUUCAAGUCGAGGGUAUACACUACUGUUGACAAUAAAGCUGAAUGAGGAAAUACGUUGAAUAUCCAAGUGGAUGACUGAACAGAUUGGAGUAUAUACUGAACUGUGGAAUGAUAAGCAGAAUAUUCCAGGUGAAUGGCUAAAUCGCUAGUAAGUAAUGAGAUGUGAAUGUUCAAGUGAAAGGCUAAAGGCUAAAAUUCAAAUGAAUGACUGAAUGAUCCAGCUAAUGGCUGAAAAGAUAGCAAAGUAAUGGACUGGGUAUAUCCACAUGAAUUACUACUAGUAAAACGACAGAGUAAAGUAUUGAAAUGUGAAUAUUCAAAUGGAUGACUGGAUAUUCCAGUGAACAGUUGAAAUGUGGAUAUUCAAAUAGAUGACUGGAUAUUCCAGUGAACAGUUGAAAUGUGGAUAUUCAAAUGGAUGGCUGGAUAUUCAAGUAAAUGGUUGAAAUGUAAAUAUUCAAAUAGAUGACUGGAUAUUCCAUUGAAUGGUUGAAAUGUAAAUAUUCAAAUGGAUGACUGGAUAUUCCAGUGAACGGUUGAAAUGUAAAUGUUCAAAUAGAUGACUGAAUAUUCAAGUAAAUGUUUAAAAUGUAAAUAAUCAAAUGGAUGACUGAAUAUUCCAGCGAAAGGGUGAAAUGUGAAUAUGCAAAUAGAUGACUGGAUAUUCAAGUAAAUGGUUGAAAUGUAAAUAUUCAAAUGGAUGACUGAAUAUUCCAGUGAACAGUUGAAAUGUGGAUAUUCAAAUGGAUGGCUGGAUAUCCCAGUGAACAGUUGAAAUGUGAAUAUCCAAAUGGAUGGCUUCAUAUCCCAGUGAAUGGUUGAAAAGACAAAGUUAAUAAUUUACUGCCAAUAGCCAAGUGAAUUGAUGAAAAGACAAAUUAAAUUCAAUAUCUAUCUGUGGAUGAACAACUGUAUGGUUUAAAGACACAGUGAUAUUGAAUUGUGAAUAUCCAUUUGAAUGGCUAAACGUCCAAUUGAGAAGUACGCUGUUGUCGGGAUUCCAUAAUGGAACUCCUAGCUUGUACAGUGUGGAAAAUGAUUGCUGUAAAGGCGAUGAUAGAGUUGAACUUUUCUUUGAUCGACGGUUACAUAUGGUAAAGCCGACCUUGUGAUUCAAUGUAGAAAGGCAAUAUCACGCGAGAGAAGCGUUCACAUCCCUUUAUUACCAUAUCAUAUUAAUAUUCAGUUUUGAUGUUUAAGCAAUUGGCUAUUUAAUAUUUUUGUAAACGCUUCUAACAAGAUAUAGCUUGCUUUGUAGGUAAUUUUCAUGCGUGAAGCUGCUAAUUAAAAUCAGAUAAAUAUU